ACAAUAACUUAUCCAAAAUGGUUAGAAAAUUUAUGAUGAACAAAAAACACUUAUACAAAACUCCCGCCUUUCUGUUUCUUCAUUCCAGUAAACAAAACCCUAAAUCACUAACAAUUGCAAAUUGCAAUCCCAUCACACAAUAAUCCAAAUUCCAAUUCAGGAAAAUGCCAAAAUCCAAAUUACCAGAGUCGGAAUCCGAAGAUAAAGUUUCGACGGAGGAGGAAACCGAUGAUGAAACGGCGGACGAAAAAGGCACACCUUUAGGUCAGGAGAAAAUGUCAAACUAUGAAAAGCAGAGAUUGCAGAGAAUUGAAGAGAAUAAUAGAAGAAUGGAGGCUCUGGGGCUGCGUAAAAUGGCAAGUAAUUUCACGGGAUCUGUUCUAAAAACCCAGAAGAAGAAUAACGAUAAAAAGGGUAGUAAGAAAAUUGUCGAUGAAGACGAGGAGUAUAAUCCAACUCAAGAAGACGAUGAAAUGAGCUGUUCAGAAGAUGAGGAUGAAGAUGAUGAGGAGUUUUCACCGUCGAAGAAGACCAAGAUUAAGAAAAAUAGUACUACUCCUAAGAAGCGAGGCCCCAUUAAUCCUGACACAGAUUUUGUGGACGAUGAAGAUGCCUUGAUGCAGGCGAUUGCACUAUCUCUACAGGAUACUGAGACUUUUGAUGCUCAUGUUAUGAACCCUGCACCUUCAGCAAAUGACAAAAGAAAAGAAAAUCCGUCUGUUCAGGAUGGUUCAGGAAAGAAGGGAAGAAAUCCGAAGAAAACCAGCCGAGUCCAAAUGAACGAAGAUGAAAUGCUUAUACACUUCUUUCAGUUUGAUGAAUCUGGGAAAGGGACCCUCACCCUCAGAGAUGUACAGAGACUAGCAGCCACCCAUGAUUUUACAUGGUCUGAAAAGGAGAUAGCUGAUAUGAUAUAUUGCUUUGAUAGUGAUGGAGAUGGAAAGAUAAGUUUUGAUGAUUUCCGAAAGAUCGUUGUUAGAUGCAACAUGUUGAAAGCUUCUUAAAAGGAUAUGUAACUGGUUGAUGAAUCUUUAAGUAAAUGAUAUACUGUUGAACCUGAAAUAUGACAUUUCAGCUGGACAAGACCUACUUUUUCACUAGUUAAGGUUCACCAAGAGCCUUCCAUGGAAAUUCAUCUUCAAUUUGGAAUAGUGGUAUCAUAUGUAUAUAUGUAAAUACUUCUCAUCCUUAGGUUCUUUUACCUUUACCUUUUGCUUCAUUGGAUCCUAUUACUUUUUUGUUUUAGUAAGUCCCCUUACUUUUUAUAUUUGAUGUUAUUCAAUCAUUACUUUUUAUAUUUGAUGUAACUUUUCCAUUAGUUAUAACAAGUUGCCAUUUUUGUGUA